AGCCGGUUUCAGAAUCACAUCAGCUCACCGCUUUACUUCUUAAUAAUUAUUCUCUUCGUUUUGGUAGUUCGCUGGUAUCGACUGCGGAGAGGUUUGCCUCGACGUUUCCUUUGCAAAGGCACGCACGCCAUUUCAUUCCUUUUUGGUCAUAUCCGCUUCCAUGUCCGAUGCAUCCUCGACGUGCAACUUGGGAUAUAGCUUCGUCUCUUCUGCAGCGUCGAGCAAUAAUAACUGCGAUGUUGAACUCGUAUUAUCUGACAUUCCCUUUAUCUCGGUCGGAACGUUAGCUUUUGGAGUAUCUGCAUUCCUUUUCGUCAUCAGACAUUUCACGCUCUCCGUCGUCUCCCUUUAUUUUUCGGUGUUGCUAUCUUUCGCAGCUGUCGUCAUCGACCUGAUACAAAUCGUCAUCCGUGACUUGACCCAGGUCACUGUACAACCAUUAAUCACAGCAAGGGAGGUUUUACUUGCCCUAUCCAUCGGCCUACGUUUUCUGUUUUACUGGCUGUAUGUCUCUGAGCCCCCUAUUGAAGAACCUCAGCCCCCUUCAUUCCAGGAUCGAUGGAACAACUUUCUCACACUCAGCUCUCAGGAUAACAUCCACAGUGGCAACUGGGCUCGGUGGGGUGUUUCAGGAUCAUAUGCAAAGGUUGCUUUGUUGGCCACCAUUCCUGCUAUCGUCGCUUUGCAAAUCAUUUGGCGCGUAAUUCAACAAUACCAUAAUUAUGGCCCGGUGUAUGCAGUAAAUGUUACACUCGAAGUCAUAGUCUCCAUAUUGCUUCUUCUCAAGCUGCUAUUUAACACCGUUCAGACCUCGUCGAUUGCCCGAUCGCACACUUUCAGGGAAUAUGGGUUUCCCAUUUUGGCGCUAAUGUUUAAUAUUGGCAUUUCUGCCGGAAACUUGAUUUUGUUCGCAUUCACUGAGUCAAUACUUGGCCGACUUCUUCAAGCAGUAGAGCUCUACAUCUUGAUCGUCUUUAUGAUGAUUCUCCACUUUUUCCGUCACAAAAAGACCCACGUUAUUUCCCAAACCAGGGAUUCGGCACUGUUGAGAGUCAAAUUACCAGAGCAGGCCCGUGAAUCGACAUUCAGGCUAUCCCCACCAGCGGUGUCUACACCCAGAGUAACAACGCUUUUCAGUUCCGAAAAUCAAAGCAGAAGUACAAAUGCUGAUGCCGCCCGUCAUUCUGUCCUUGCCACCGUAAGAUAUGCUCCCUGGGUUUCUUGGAGCAUGUCUCAUGGUCAGUCAAACCAAGAUGAGGAGAAAACCAGGCUAUGGGACCAGAACGAAGCUGGAAAGGGGGCUUUCGAUCCGAGUCAAGGCAGUGCCGGAAAUCAGAGUAUGACUUCCGCCGCUUCUGUCACGGACAGGGUAUCCACAGAAUGGAAAGACAUUGUGAAUGAUUCUGUUCCCAGCUUCCCAAGGCUAUCGAUACUUGAUGCCCAGUCUGCGAGCACCGGAUCUAGGAACGGCUCAAUGAGCAGUGGCCAAAUUUGGCAUGCAGUUCGUGCAGACGUAUCCACCCGCCCUCAUCCUCUGAAGUUGCAGACGACGUCUCUUGUUACUAUUCCGGCGACUGCAACAUCCUCCAAUGAAAAUGGGGUCACCGUUAUCAUGACUGCCCCUCCAGAUCCUCCAGCUCAAGAUUCGCCUAUCUAUGCGAUCAAGGGCUUUACUCCUCAACCUCCACAAGUUCCCAGCAGGCAAUGUUCGUCCAGCACAUCAAUCGAAGCACUGCUAGAACUGCAGAAUGAGCUAGAAAAAACAAUCGCAACGCUGCGAUUAUUUUCUCCGGGUGCUCCAAUUUCCCACUCUCCGACCUCCACUUCUCCAAGCUCCCCUUCAUCAUCAAGAAGUGAUUCGAACCAGACUGACCAAUUGCGUCAGUCAUCCUCCACUAGCGCGCGGACGCUGUCCGACUUCUCGUUGAGCAACUUCCCCUCCCCGCCAUGGUUGGCCUCUCGAGCUCCUUCUCUUCCACCCUCACCGGCUGUUAAAUUACGAUCGAAGGAAGACCGUCGGGCCCGUCUUCGGUUAGGACAAGACUCGAUUUCUGAUACUCUUGGGCUUCCGCCGCCAAGAAUUCCUGCAGCUUUGGCAGACAUGCCUAGCUCUCCUCGUUCUGACCUCACGUCAGACACUCCCUAUCAGGAAGACAACAGGAUAUUGCCUGCGGACGCGUGGCGAUCUUACAGGACUGAUUCUGGCGGAACGCAGUACGAGAUUACAUCUUUCAUAGGUGAUCUAACAACUCCUGAUAGCCACAGGAAUGCGACGAUGGAGAAGCCUUCGGAUGAGUCUGGAGGGAGUGCUCUUAAUCUUGGCACUGCUGAAAGCCACAGAUCCAGGGAAACUUCCCCCCAUUUGUCCAUAUCGCCGUUCCGUCCGUCGCCUUUGGGGGCGGCAGGACUAUUGAGCUUGCCAUCAUCCUCCGCAAGAUAUAGGCGAUCGCAACUCUCAACGCAAAUGAGGCUAUCACCUGUCUUAAAUCCUGAGAGGGAAGCUUCGGCUUCAGACCUAGAGUCGGCCGUGCCUCUAGUACAACGUGGGAUGCGACCUUUACUACUUCCAUCCAUGACGAUCACUUCCCCUCAUGUCCAGCCGUUAAACGUCAGGUCAUCAAGAAGGUUGACUGGCCUUCUACAGAGACCACAAUCAGCACCGGAUUCUAGUGCACUACCCGAAGAUGUGCGUGUUCCUGGAGCAUUUGAGCGACCACGACCGGCACCAUUAAAUUUUCGUUCAGACGCCGAAUAUUUUUCCACAGGUGCAAGAUGAUGGUAGCUAUAUUUAUUUCUAACGUUAUGUUAACUUUUUGCUAGUCGGAGAAGUUGACAGCUAAAGGUCUUAUUCGUGAUUCCUGUAAAUAUGUGGUCGGACUCUUUGUGGUGCACCGUUUCACUGUACUUUGUUCGUUAGCAAUGUGUCGUAUUAUUUACGUAGUUUGUAGAUUGUUAUGAUUGUUACGAUGAUAGUAGUCUAAGUUCACCAUACAGAGUAGUAGCAAUACUUGGUUUCCCCAUACCCUUUACAGAUGGGCCGCUUUCUCAUACGGUACGAAUAUACCGACGAACCAACUCCCAUGUCAGUUUCUCCGUCUGGUCUGGAAGAAGUGCUCACGUUGUG